AUGACAAACCACAUUACCCUGUUUGAAGCCCCUCCAGAUGAUCAUUCCAAAGCACCGAUCGAGAAUGUCCUCGACUUGACUCCCGUGGUGGACCUCGGCCCAGAUGUUUUCACCAACACGCGCCCGCUGUGGCAUCCUCCCGGCGCCCGCGGAAUCUACGGCGGUGCCGCCAUCGCCCAGUCCUUAUCCGCCGCGAUGCGUACCGUCCCUGCCGAUUUCGCCGUACACAGCAUGCAUUGUUACUUUGUUCUUGCGGGAGACUCGGAGCUACCGAUUCUCUACCACGUCGAGCGCGUCCGCGACGGAAGGAGUUUUGUGACAAGAACUGUUCAAGCGCGUCAACGAGGCCGCCCCAUUUUCACCACCACAUUGAGCUUCAGUCGAGUCGGCAGCGGCGGCGAGAAGACAUUGAACCAUGCGACUCCUAUGCCAGAUGUAUCGAUUCCGGACACAUUACCAGGGACUGUGAGAGCGUUGAGUGAUGCCGGAGGUGGGCCAUUUGAGAGUAAAAAGGCAGGGAUCAUCAAUCGAACCCAGAACCCAGAGGAUAAAAGAGUUCGACGAUUCGUUCGGGCUCGUGGCCGUGUUUCGGAAGAAGGUGGCUUCCAGGCACACCUAUCCGCGCUCGCGUACAUAACCGACAGUUUCUUUAUUGGAACAGUUUCUCGUGUGCACGAUAUUCCUCGAUUCUCAUCACCAGCUGAGCUUGAACAACUUCUGAAGGCGCUAAAAAACCCUUCGGACCUCGACGAUGAAGAUAUCCGAAAGGCGCUCCAGGAAUUGAAAGAGGAAGAGGCCGCAGAUUUACGACGUCGUUUAGAAGGGGCCUUGAGCAAUGCCAAUACCCAGGACCAUAAAGAAGUCGGUAUGAUGGUCAGUCUGGAUCACUCGAUUUACUUCCACAACCCUAGGGCCUUCCGAGCCGACGAAUGGAUGUUCUUUGAAAUGGAGAGCCCAUGGGCCGGCGAAGGCCGUGGUUUGGCGAUCCAGAAGAUCUGGUCGCAGAAUGGAACAUUAAUCGCAACCUGCACGCAAGAGGGCGUUGUGCGCUUGAAGCAGGAUAAGCCACCAUUGUCUAAGAUCUAG